AUGCAGGGUGAACAGGACAUUGUGGUCAAUGUUGUAGGGGACAUAGAUGCAACACGCCUGCUGGAUUGGGAAAGAUUCAGCAGAGCUGACAAGGUCUUUAAGACCAUAGCUUGGAUAAUGCGAUUUAUAAAGAAUUGCAAACUAUCAACCAAUGACACAAAAACUGGUGGUUUGACUCUGGAAGAGUUGCAGGAAGGAAAGGUCAAAACAAUUGUUCUCGUGCAGAGAGAGUACUUUCCAGAAGAAUAUAAAGCCCUGAAGAGGGAGGAAACAAACCCAAAAUUGACAUUAAUUCGCCAGUUGAAUUUGUUUUUGGAUAAUAAUGUAAUGAGAUGUAGAGGCAGGUUGGAACACGCGACACUGCCUGAAGAAGUCAAAUUUCCUACUUUACUGCCAAAGGGUUGUGUUCUGAGAGAUGUCGUCCUCGUACAUGAUGAAGGGCCAAGAAACAAAUGGAAGUUGGGUCAGGUGAUUCAGGUGCAUGUGGGGUCUGACAAUGUAGUUAGAGUAGCUACCCUCAAAACCUCCCAUGGUCAGAUCAUGCGUCCCAUUGUGAAAUUGUACCCGUUAGAGUUGUGGCAAGAAGUUGAGACUCCUGAUCCUGCCAAAAUUCCUGAAAUGAAUUUGGAUGAUGUGGCCAAAUACACAUAUUUGAUUGGAUCUCUCAAAGGGGAGCCACUCAAGAAAUUAUGGGAAGCCGGCAUGGGUUGGGACGACAUGCUGUCUAAAGAACAUCAACCAGAAGCUAGUAAGGUACUUGAUGAAUUCAAUAAUGUCCACACGUUUAAGUUUAACAGAGGGAUCAUUCUAGGAAAGACUGAAUUGCAUCUAUUUACCAAUGCCUCCAUUCCUGCGCAGGACACGGAUAAAGUGGAUCUUCCGGACUCCCAGAUCAUCCGAUCAUCCUGGAAAUGGGGAUUUUUUGAAAGGUUAAUUGAGGUAGUCAAGAGUACGCUAGCUACCGCCCUUCGACGUAAUGUAUUCAGUGAAGAACAGCUUCGAACCCUCAUUAAGGAGGCAAAGGCUGUUGUUAACAACCGUCCCUUGAUGUACACUGGGGACAUGCGUGAUGAUGAAGUCCUCACACAAUCACACCUUAUUGGUGGAGAUGUAGUUCGUCUGCUACCGCCAGUGGUCCCUCACAAGGACAUGCAACUUCAGACUAACCGAGACCCACGACUGUUUCAAACGUUACUGGAGGGAAGGUUGCCUGAAGUCACUACAGGAAUGACAGCCUUCAAGAGGACCCCAACUGUAUUAAGUGAAGGCGACCAUGAUGGUCAAGGCCGAUCAAUGGAAACACAGUCAAUGGCCCCUCGGUAA